AUGUCGGAGGCGGAUGAAAUCUGUUCAAAUUGCAGAACGGUUGACUUUUACUCCCUUUUCACGGGACCUCGUUACUUCCCAGGAGAUGGCGUCGACCAACGAGUCAGAGUCAAGCUUGGCACUCUCGUGGAAAUGAAGGCCAACACAAGAUGCCCGGCCUGCCGUCUUGUCGUCCAUGAUCUGUACGCUGGGGGCGAACUUGCACACCCAUGGGAGCACUAUGGAGAUGAGGUGGAUCCUUCCCAGGUCCAGGUUGUUGCUGUCCCAAUACGCGGCGACUACUACGAGGAUAUGAAGUAUUCCGACGCCAAUAGAAAGAAUAUGCUAGCGACAGAUCUACAGAUUCGCUUGGAUGGCAUUACAGGUUGUCCUCCGGAUUUGGUCAAGAGAAUUCGUCGUCAUGAUAGAGGUCCCGGCAUUCGGUUAUUGUCUCCCGAUUCGGUGGUCCCUGAAAGGCCCCUGCUCAACGGUUUCCGGACUACGAACAGAGAAAAUAGUUUGAGACUCGUACGUCAGUGGAUGGAGACAUGUCGUGAGAGCCAUCAGGAUACUUGCCACUUCAGGGACGAACUCGGUGCUUACCUACCAGCGACCCGGCUGGACAAGAUUCGACUUAUUGAUGUGACAGAGCGAAAUCUUGUAGAGCGCAACUUCACCGAAGUACCUUAUGCAGCUCUGAGUUAUGUCUGGAAGGAGGCGCACUCAAAUAGUGAGAGCUUCCGAGCUGACCUUGGGGGGAAACUAGACGGAAGCAAAGAUAGAACUGUGAGACUUCCUGAAAACAUGCCACGGGCUAUAGAGGAUGCGACUCUUGCCUGCCAGGCUCUUUCAAUUCCAUAUCUUUGGGUUGAUCUGUACUGUAUAGAUCAAUAUAAUGAAGACAGGAAAGCUUCCGAGAUCAAUGCAAUGGGUCACAUCUAUCGAUGGUCCGAGAUCACCCUCGUGGCAGGGAGCCUAACAGGCUCCCACAAGCCCUCGGACGGUAAACAGUGGGGUUUGGGUCUCACAGAAUGGAACGAGGACCUCGACCAAGGACAACGAACCGAAACCAUCGAUGGCCGGAGAUACAUUACCAGCUUACCUUCCAUCAUGACCCAAAUCCAACGCUCACCAUGGAAUAGACGAUCCUGGACAAUGCAAGAAGGAAACCUAGCGACUAGGGUGGCUUUUUUUGGCGCCCAUGAUGUCUCUUUUAUGUGCGGCGCAGGGCAUUGGAGAGAGUCCCAACACUCUGGCAAAUAUGGCCAUGAUGCAAAUAUACCUGAACUAGAUCUGCAUUCUCAGGGAUUCUACUUGUUAUCUGGCUAUAACUGGCUGAGUGGAUCGGAAUGGCGAUUCGAUGAUUACAACUCAAUCCUUGCAAAAUACACCGGGCGAGAUAUAUCCCUCCAAUCUGAUAAACUCAACGCCAUCGUUGGGUGUCUCCAGAUCAUUGCCCAGAAGCAUGACAUGAAGUUCCUGAGUGGACUACCUUCCAAGGACUUCCAUUACGCUCUCCUCUGGUCGCGGGAAUAUGAUAAACCGCGCGAGGGCUUUCCCAGCUGGUCCUGGGCUGGCUGGCAUUCCCCCCAACAAGUUAUAGAUAUCUACCCCAAGAAAGGCGACUCAGGGUGCAUGAUGGAACUAGAAGAUGGGAGCUACGAGCACCGUGGCCCACAAGUAACCGAGCUCGAGCUUGAGGGUUUCUACAUCUCUCCCAUUGAACAUCCUCAUAUGUUCAAUCGUUGUUCGCAAGAGUUAGCCCAAAUUCAUGUGGCCGCAUCCACCGACUGCCUGACCAUCACUUCAGAAUCGGUUCAUUCUUUUAUCGACAUUGUCGCUGAUCGAACCAAGUCACACGAAGAUGACCAUGUGGGUCAGUACCCAUUCGUGCGAUGUAGCUUUGACUCUACCAUCGACUCGGGCGAGUCCUGGGAACCAGAAACCGAAUAUAUAACGCCAUAUGACCGUAUUCGUCUACGUGAUUCCUCGGGAAAUUCAUACGCCAGCCACAUUCCUCGCUGGGACUCGACAGACACGGUCAACUUACCACACACGAUUCGUGGAUCGACCUUGACCUGGCUUCUGCGCGAUGGCAUCGAGCUGAUCAAAAUUGUUGGUGUCAAGCUACUGGAGGGUGCGGAUGGCCUGCAGAAGUUAGACCACAUUUGCUGUCUGGGCAUUGCUCGUAGCCAGAGAAUUCCUGGGCGAGUAACGAGAAUGGGAAAGUUUUGGAUUCCGAGGGAAUGGUGGGAGAAAGCAGGACCCAAGGAGACGACGGUGGAGAUGUGGUAG